AUGCCAGACGAGAGGCAGCCACUCCUCCAACCAAACCCCUCCCAAAACGAAGAGGACGAAGAGCAAAAAGUCGAAUUCGGCGAAAAGGACCCAGAAGAUCCCCAGCAAUGGCCAGGAUUUUGGAAAUACGCCGUCGUAGGACAAGUCUCGCUCAUUGCCUUUUUCCUACCCAUGGCUUCAUCAAUCUACGCUCCAGCUUCGGAUAUCAUUGCUUCAGAAUUUGAGACUUCAAGCAGCCUUCUCCUCUUGCAUCAGACCGGAUACGUGUGCAUGCUGGGCAUAGGUCCCUUAUUCCAUGCUCCGAUGUCUGAGACAUUUGGAAGACGGAUCGUAUAUCUCAUUAGCCUUUGUAUCUUCACUCUACUGCAGAUCCCAGUAGCUCUGUCGCCCAACGUCGAAAGUUUCAUUGUUCUGAGAACGCUCUCGGGAUUCUUUGCAUCUGUCGGCGUUGGCAAUGGAGGAGGCUCCAUCUCAGACAUGCUGGGCUUGCACGAGAGGGCCAAGGCUUUGGGGUUCUACAUGAUCUUUCCACUUCUGGCUCCGACUAUUGGUCCCUUCAUCUCCGGACUGAUGGUUGAUCGAGUGGACUGGCGCUGGCUUUCAUGGUUGAAUAUGUUGCUAGCGGCAUUGACGACGAUCCUUUGCUACUUCUUUCUGUACGAGACUAGAGCUGUAACCAUCUUGCAGCAGCGCCAGAAGCAUCUUCAAAAGAAGCAUCCUCACACCAGAUUCUUUGUGGGAGGAGCUUCUAACGACUCCGACUCAUUCGUGUCCAAGGUCGGAAAGAACAGCACACGAGCAGUCAAGAUCUUGUUCACACAGCCCAUCGUGCUGAUCAUGUCAAUCUACCAGGCCUUGGUGUUCAGCACCAUGUACAGUCUGUACGCCAAAUACAGCACAAUCUGGCAAGAACCGCCCUACGAAUUCACAAAAACGCAAGUCGGAUUGGCAUACUUGGCGCCUGCAGUGGGCUUCAUUACUGCAGGAUUUUUCCUCGUGCUGUUCGUGGACAGACUAUACAACUACAUCGCACGAUUGAACGAUGACGAAGAAGGACGGCCCGAGUAUCGCCUACCGCUAGCAACACUCGGAUCUGUAUCGCUCCCGAUUUCACUAUUCUGGUUCGGCUGGGCGAUAGAGAAAGAUGCGUCUUGGCCAAUCCCGCUGAUCGCCAUGGUCUUGUUUGGUGUGGCCCAAGUCAGCAUUUUCAAUCCCGUGCAGACCUACUACAUCGAUGCAUACCCCAGCAACGCGGCGUCCGCCGUUGCUGCCGGUGCGUUUUUGAGAAGCAUAGUCGGUGGUAUUGUGCCGCUCUUCGUGGGUCCCAUGUUCGACAAGCUUGGCUAUGGGCUGGGUCUGAGUGUGUUUGGCAUCUUGGCAGUUAUACUGAUGCCUGCGCCGGUAUUAUUCUACUACAUCGGUCAAAGGUUGCGAGAAAAGUUCCCAUUCAAGGGUUGA